UUAAAAAUUAGUUAUUUUGUGAUGCAUGUUUUGGUUUUCAACAAUUAAUUUUAUUUAAGUUUAUAAGUACAUAAUAAAAUUUGUUUAGAUUUGUUUAUAAGAAUAUAUAAAUUAAAAAAUUCGAAACCACUAUUUCAUUUGUGUUUCAAUAUUUGAGUUCAAGUCUGUCGAAUAAGAUGAAUGUUUGCAGGCUUUGCAUAUCAGAGAUCCCUAAUAAAGAUGGAAAAUAUAUAUUCAAUGAAAAUUCAAAUAUAGCUAAAAUUAUUGGAAAAUAUCUUUGGUUUGAACCGAAAAUUGAGGAUUUUUUACCACAAACUAUAUGCAAUUGUUGUUGGGAAGAUUUAUCAAAUUUUGAUAAAUUUUAUAGCCGAGUGGCCGAAGCACAAAGUAUUUUGCUUAUGAACAAAAAAGAGAACGCAUACACAGCGGAAUUGGAUAUUAAGACGGAAAAUUUUGAGGCGAACUCAAAUGAGUCUUUUAACGUUUUAAUAAAUCCGGAAAAUGAAGCUUCUGACUAUGAUGAAUCAGUAUGUUCUGAAAAUAAGAAUAUAGACGCAUUAAGCAUUGAACCCAAGUUUGAAGUUUUUGUCCCAACGAAAUCCAAAAAUACUGUAACAAAAACUGCUGCAAACAAGGCUUCAGGUAAUAAAAGUAGCGAUAAUAAGUCAAAUGAAAAACAGAGUCCCAAACCCCGCUUUGAUGAAAUAGAUAAAAAAAUAUCGGACUUCAUGAAAUUGUUCUGUGAUAUUUGCAUGUUGGAAUUUCCAAAAUUUUCUGAAAUUAAAAGUCAUUUCCGAAUUGAACAUAAUAUAACAGGAUACGUAGUGUGUUGUGAUAAAAAGUAUAAUAAGAGAAUAUAUUUGUCUGAUCACAUAGAUUGUCAUCUAAAUCCAGAGGAAUUUAAGUGUAAUAUAUGUAACAGGGUACAAAAAAAUCAUAAUGCCUUACGUCAACACAUAAAAGUUAUUCACGAAAAACCAAAGAAUUUUAAAUGCGAAACUUGCGAAAAGUUAUUAGCUUCCAAGUUUGCUCUUGAAUUGCAUAAAUACACUCAUAUACCAGAAAAUGAACGAAAGUUCAAAUGUCCUAAUUGCGACAAAUGUUUUGCUUCUGAAAUCCAACUUAAUUCUCAUUAUGCAAAAGUACAUGAAACUCUUUCUAGUAAUGUUUGCCAUAUAUGUGGUAAAACUAUAAAGGACAAUGCUCUCUUUAAACGACAUCAACUAGAACAUGAAGGAAUUGUAGAGCCUAGAGCUCAGUGCAAGAUUUGUGAUAUUUGGCUUAAAAACGAAAUGUCCUUAAGAAAACAUUUAAGGAAUUUGCAUGACGAAUCUAGUAUGGAGCAUAUAUGUCCAAUGUGCAAGAAAAAAUGUCCAACAAGAUCAGCUUUAAAAUCACACAAAUUUUAUGUUCAUAGCAAUCGGACGUACGAAUGUACGAUUUGCAAAAAAGCAUUUAAGAAAGCUAUAUCACUCAAGGAACACAUGACAACGCAUACGGGUGAAAUAUUAUAUACGUGCCCUCAUUGUCCAAAAACUUUUACAUCAAAUGCAAAUUUGCAUCAUCAUCGUAAAAAAGAACAUCGUUUAGAAUGGGAGCAAAAAAGGGCUAAUUCUAUUUUCAAACGUUCUGUGAAUGUUUAAGUUUUAGCCCAUUAAAUAAUAUAUAAUGUAUAUGGAACUUAAAUUGGACGAAUAUUAAAUAUUUAGGAAAAGGCUUAAUAAAACAGAAAAUCCUAUUUCUACAUAUAAUUCUUAGUAGUAUGUACUUGAUUGUAAAUUUUCUUGAAAUUCUUAAAUAGGAAUUUUAUAGUAAAAAUUAAACUAUGAAUUUAAAUUAUUUUCUGAAUAAAGUUAAUUAGC